CACUGACGUGUAGUAAAGGAAACUAAAUUCAUUAAAAUAAUAAUAUUAUUUUCAAUUCUUUUACUUGUUAAAAUUUACAAUAUUUUUACCAUCAUAAGACUAUAUUUUAGUAAAUCAAUGAGCCGGUGACAUACGUAUAGACUAGACUAUUAAGACACCAUGACUGACAAAAAGUUCGUAUUUAAGCAUCAGCAAAAGGAUAAUGACGAUGAUCAUGAGUAUUUAGGGACACAAUGUUUCCAAAUCAGUCCUAAUGUCGAAGAAAAGGAAAUCCCAACUAAUGGCGAAGAGUACUUACUAAAAGUUAUAAAGGAGCGCGCCAAAUGUGCAACAGUUACCAAGUGUAAUUUAGAUGCAUCACAAACUCGCAAGAAGCUUUGUAACACUGUAAAAGAGCAUAAAGUACCCGAAAAACCUGAAAAGCUUAAACCCACAAUAGAAUGGCAGAAUAUUCAGAUAGCUGAUUUCUCAGACCUUCAUAUGUACGUCGUACGUAUGGCGGCUCGUAAGAAAGCGGAACUACCAACAAUAUUCCAAGACACAUAUAGAGACUUCAUGCAGGACGGUGAGAUACAGUGGAUGCAGGUGUUUGAUAGCACAGAACCAACACUGUCACAUGUGGUUGGGUUGUCUCAUGGUGUGGUAGAAACAGGCUUGGAUACUAUACUAUCAAUUUUACAACGGAUAAAACCGGGAGAGUCUAUUGACCGUAGAACAGGAUUAUGGCUCCAUGCGCUACUAACUGUUGCAAGACAUCCACCACAGUCCGAUGAUAGUUUUCUAUUAAGAAAUCUCUGUAGAAGGUGUGCAGAAAUUAGGGCCGGUCUAAAUCUAGAUGAUGAGAAUGCAAGAGAACUAGCAACACCUUUAAAUAUUUUUAUAUGUAUAAUAGCAAAGUAUUUUGGACAGCAUGACUUGGGUGACUAUGAACUUCAUGAUUCUAUAGUAGGUCAGAUUUAUUAUGACUCAAAAGUAGCACAGAUAUUUUAUUGACACUAGGUUAAGUUAAUUUUAUAAUUAGGUUAAUUGAAGACAGCUGUGCGGUCGCAAAUAUUCGAAUACUCUGGCUCACUCUGAGGUGCAAAUCUAAAUAUGCACAUAUGUUACAAAUACAAAAGCUAUUU